UUCGCUGUAGUGUGGUUGUCAUGUCAUUCGGUCCGUCUAUUGAAUAACGCGAUAGAUGAAUGGAAAAUAAUUAACAUCAUCACAGCGAAGCAUAAAUUCGAUCUAUCGCCGUGAAAACUACAACCUCGAGAGAGCCUACAAAGGAUUAUACCCUCGACGAACGCUCCAACACACCGCCAUGAUCGAUGUGGGAAACAAAGAUGGCGGAAUAAUACGGUGAUCGUGACCAAAAGUCGUCGAGUGCGGUAGUUAUGUGCGACGGUGGGCGGCGCUCGGCGCGGUGUCGGGGCGCCUGAGCGAGCACGCGCGGUAUGGCCCGGCCGGGGUGAUGCCGCCGCGGCCAGCGGUCGGCCGCGCGGCUAUGGCGGCGGAGGAAGACCGUCCGCCGCUCCAACUGUUCACGGCCGUGUACGACUACGCGGCGCAGGGCGAGGACGAGCUCUCGCUGCGCCGGGGGGAGAUCGUCGAGGUGCUGUCGAAGGAUGCCACCAUCUCGGGCGACGAGGGCUGGUGGACGGGGAAGAUCGGCGACCGCGUCGGGAUCUUCCCGUCCGUGUACGUGACGGAGGAGGACCCGCUGGCGGUGAGCUCCGUGAUCGGCGACGUGGACCCGCCGCGCGUGUCGUUCUCGGAGCUCAAGUUGGAGGAGGUGAUCGGGGUGGGGGGCUUCGGCAAGGUGUACCGUGGGUACCUCAAUGAUGAGGUGGUGGCCGUGAAGGCGGCGCGCCAGGACGCCAACGAGGACAUCGAGAUAAUAAAGGAGAAUGUGCUGCAGGAGUCGAAACUGUUUUGGAUGUUGCAGCACGAGAACAUAGUGUCGUUGAAAGGUGUGUGCCUGGAGGAACCCAAUUUGUGUUUAGUGAUGGAAUAUGCCCGCGGGGGGCCCCUGAACAGGGUGCUCUCGGGGCGGAAGAUCCGCCCGUGUAUACUGGUGGACUGGGCGAUUCAGGUGGCACGGGGCAUGGCGUACCUGCAUGUGGAUGCGCCCAUCUCCCUCAUACACCGGGACCUCAAGAGCUCUAAUGUACUGCUGAGCGAGGCGAUCCUGCCGGACGACACGCUGGAGGACAAGACGCUCAAGAUCACGGACUUCGGUCUGGCGCGCGAGGUGUACAAGACCACGCGGAUGUCGGCGGCGGGGACGUACGCGUGGAUGCCGCCGGAGGUGAUAAAGAACUCUACAUUCUCCCAUGCGUCGGACGUGUGGUCAUACGGCGUGCUGCUAUGGGAGUUGCUGACGGGAGAGACGCCGUACAAGGGGAUAGAUGCGCUGGCGGUGGCGUACGGAGUAGCGGUGAACAAGCUCACCCUGCCCAUACCCAGCACGUGUCCCGAGUCGUGGAGGGUGCUGAUGGAAGCGUGCUGGCACAGCAACCCUCGCGAGCGGCCUCUCUUCCCCGAGAUCCUGGUGCAGCUGGAGCGGAUCAGGCAGUCGGAGUUCACGCGCGCGCCGCACGAGAGCUUCCACACCAUGCAGGACGGCUGGCGGCUCGAGAUCGAGGAGGUGCUCCGGGAUCUCAGGAGGAAGGAGAAGGAGCUGAGGUGUCGGGAAGAGGAACUAACCCGGGCGCAGCUGCAGCAGCGGCUGGUGGAACAGAACCUCGCGCAGAAGGAGAGAGAGUUGGAGAUGAGAGAGAUCGACCUGGCGGCGAGAGAGUUGCACAUACUGAUAUUCGCGAGCAACAUGUCGCAUACGCAACCGCCGCAGCCCAAUAAGAGAAAGGGCAAGUUCAGCAAGAUCAAGCUGCUGAAGAAGGACACCAUCUCGUCACCGCUGGACUUCCGGCACACGCUCACCGUCCGGCCGUCGGACGACGACGCCAGCGUCAAGCAGCUCGUUGCCGUCGCCACCGACACGCCGCCCGGCUCGCCAGCCAUCAUGCGGGCCAUCGCGCUGCCCGCGGACGGCGUGAAGGGCAAGACGUGGGGCCCCUCGACCGGCCACCAGAAGGCGCGAGCCCACCUCCCCCUGCCGGCGCUGAGGCCGCGCGCGCACCGCCCCUCCACCUCCGCGCCGCACCUCCCCCCCGCGAGACCCCCGCCGCACCGCCCGCUCAACGCUGGUUGUUUUCUGUCUUCAGACUUCAGUCCGGACGAUUGGGGCCCGGAGUUUCCGCUCAGUGGCUCCCGUUAUACCAUACCUAUGCCGACGCUGUAUAGUACUGAAGGCUACAAGUUCAAGAAGCCUAGUAUAAUCGAGCUGGUGCUGUACAACAUAGCGGCGCUGCUCGGCGGCGUGGCGGCCGGCUACGACGUGCGAGUGUCCAACGUCAGCCCGCUGCAUCCCACGCUGCAGCCCCACAGGGCGGAGGUCGAGCCGGAGCCGCUCAGCACGACGAUAUACGAGGGUUACGGGUACGCGCACAACACCUACCAUGGCCCCACGAGACACCUGCGCGCGCCGCUCAACUCCAUCACCGGCUCGCCUAUAUCGAGCGUGCAAGUAGAGGACGCGCGGCCGCUACGCUUCACGGAUUCCCCGCUCGGCCCCUCCUCCUCGUCGGGUUACGGGCACUCCGCCCCUCCCCUCUCCUCCCCCUCGCUCGCCGACCUCUACCACAACUACCGAGACCACUUCCCGUCCUCGACGUACUCGAGAUACGACGAGGAGUACCGACACGACGAGAGACGACAGGACUACGCCUCCCCGACGUACUCGAGAUACGACGAGGAUUAUCACGCCGAGAGGCGAGACGACAGGCGACGAGAGGAGUUCCGCACGCCGCUCACGGAGUAUAGGACGCCGGACUACUCGCUGCCGAGGGAUUUCUACAGAGAGGAACCGGAGCGACCGGCGAAUUUGGAGUUGGCGCCGACGAGGUUAAGGAGCAGCCUCAAAAAGCACAAGAAGUCAUCGAGUAGUUCCGUCGGUUCCGGCGCGGGGACUCCCCCGGACAGCCUGCCGAGCGAGAGCGACAGCUCGUACGCGUCGGCCCGCGACAGCGCGCGCGUGAGGUUCAGCCCCGGAGCCCCGCCGCGCCGCUCGUAGCCCCGGCCUACCCGGUUCCCACAUUACCUUGUUUAGAGUCGGCUGGGUCAGGGUUGCCAACUGCCUAGUUGCUAAUAAGGGCUGCUAAGUGCCAGAUUAUUAUAAAAGAUUGCAGUGUUUACAUGUCAAAAAGCGCUAACUUGUAUCUCGAAUCUUUUACAAAAUAUGGCCGCGCGCCCAUUGCGAAUUUUUGUAGCGAUGCAGUCGCAUAUUUGCCUCGAUACAGUCGCGAUGCAGUCGCUAGCUGUGUGUCCUGUAUGGUGUUGCAAAUGCGACUAACGCGCAUUAGUAGUGAUGCAGUCGUGCGCUUCAUAAACGCGCGACUGCAUCGCUACUAAAAGUCGCAGUGGGCGAAGGCCCUAAAUCUAUCGUGCUUUAUUCUAUCAAGUCUGCCACAAAAUUGUAUUCUCACGAAAUGUGAUAACCGACACUAACAUUUUUAACGAGAAUAUUGUUUAAAAUGAAAGUGGCUGGAUCUUAUAUGAAUAAUCAAGUAGACUCAAGAUACUGUGCACUGCAGUUAGCUAUACUGCAGUAUACACACUUAAAUGCAGUUGGCGACUCUGUCUAGUUAACUCCCUCUCCCUAAUUAGCAAUGCACCUUUAGCUCCCGACUUUCCUUUGUCCUAAAAGAUGACCGGGUUUAAGCACGCUUAUAAUGUAUUGUGUUCUGCGUAUUACUCGAAAAUUAAUAUACUGUAUUUAUAAGUAAAUAUGUAAGGUUAGUUGGGGCAAGACAGGUUUCAUACUUUGGCUCUCAAGAAGAAUUCUGUCCAUGUCAGUCAAGCAGUAAAAGUUAUUUUGGGGUUACUAAUUAGUUAUUAUUAUGUCUUUAAGUACAUUGUGGGAUUUUUUUAUUUUGCACUUUGUAUCAUAAUAAAAUAAAAAUUACUUAUAACCUUUAUGCCCCAACUAAUAAUAUUCCCGCUGCGUUUAAAAGCAUUUUAAUUUACACAUUCAUUAAUUCAUUGAUCAUUUUGAAUAUCAAUAAAAACUAUCAUUUAGCUUUAGUAAAAAUGUAAAGGACCAAAUGUUGAGAUUGUGGUUCUCUAAUGAUAACUUGAUGUUGCAAGGACAUUCCUUUUUUAAAUUGAGUAAUAUUUUUUUACCUUUUCUGCUUUAUAAGUCUCACUUACCUCUAGUCUUUUGAAAACAGGCAGCUUUUUCUCAGCUACAUUUAUAUGGCUUAUUUCUAUUAGUUUGAGAGUGGUCUGUAUUUUAUUUAGUCGAAGCUCAUUUGCAUAUUUAUUUUAAAGAUGUGUUCAUUUUGUUUAAGUGUGAUCGAGUAUUGAAUGAAGUAUUAAACGAAAUUAAUAUCGGACGACUGGUUCCCUGUAAAUAUAUCGCAAUGCUAUUGAAUAUCAAUAAUGGUGCUCUACCAUACACGUAAAUUCCUAACAUUUUAACGAUAAGGUGUUGCAUAUUUUUCGAAAAUUUAAAAUGUAACUCGACUAACGAUUCGCAAUAAUCGCGUAAUACAAACCUACUUUAUACUAAUGCUGUUUGGGCGCACUAAGUCUGUAUUCAUGUGGGCCCAUAACCUAGCACAAUUGACAAGACGCCAAGUCAACAAAAUUACCGUCUACUAGUAAUUUUGAAGAUUUCUUCAUCGCGCUCUCUGUAAACAUUCUCACGUCGCGUCAAAUUGUGCUGUAGCGUUCGUGUAAACCGGGGUUUAACGUAGAUAAUUAUUAUUUAAGCGGCAUCAUAGAGCAUGUACAAAUGUAUAUAACACGCCCUGUACAAGCUUCGUUUUAUUUAUCCGCCAUUUUGUUGUAUACAGAUUUUUGUUUUAUAUAUUAUACAUUAUUUUUGUUAAACUAUACAUAGUACAAAUAUAUUUUAAGAUCGAAUUCAUUUUCUAAUCAUGUGUAUAGACUAACAUAACUUAAGGUUACAUUUUGUACAAACGGAUUAGAUAUUUUUUACUAAAUCGUGUAGCCGUAGGCAGCUUUCCCGUUGUAGGUGUAGCGGUCGACGACGUAACUGAUAUUGCUAUCGUGUAAAUCAUUUUUUACCCGACCGACUGUAAUUAGGGCCUAGUAUUGUUAUACCUAGAAUGUGUUCUACCUCAGAAUAGAGAAAAAAAUUAGACAAAUUAUAAAAAAAAGUAGAUAACGAUAACAAUCUUUGUGAUUUAACUUAAGUCACACCUGUAUCGCAAUAAUUACAAAUACGUUACUCGAUUUAAUAUAAAAAUACUAUAACAAUUUUGGGGUAGAAUGCGUUCAGCGCCAUCUAUCGAGCGAGCUGGCGACCGACAUUCGACACGCUUGAACUGUACGCGAUCGAAAUUAUAUAAACGUAAGAUGUAUAUCGGUAUCGAAUUAAUUAGCUUUGAUAUUAUUAGCGAAGAAACCAGUGCCUAAAAUUGCGGGAACGGUUUAUGAGAUUUUGCCAUGGGAGAUGUCGUCGGAGAGUUUUAAGAAUUAUUUUAUCCGAUGUAAGGCCAGGCCAGUAGUUGCGUUGUAUAUUUUUGUUUAUUUUAUUUACUGUGCAAUAAUUUGUAAUUUGUUUGCGUCCAUUUUAUUUUAUUUCUAAAUUCGUCGUGAAUGUGACAGUAUUAUGCAGUAUUGACUUGUAUAUUGCGGGUGUUGUGUAUGUAUAUCGUGUAAUAUACGCGAGUGCCAAUUUCGGACUCGGUCGAGUCGAAUCUCUCAUAUCGUGUGUCACAAAUCGGUUGGAUUUGUUGUAUUAAUUGUAUAUAUUUUCACGGCGGUAUACUUAUAAAAAACUCUAGUCUUUUUAUGAUUUAAUUUUACUCUGGCUGAUUUUUGUAUAUAGACCGCGUGGUCGUCAUUCCGAUGUGUUCCUUACAUUCCGUAUCGAGGGUCCGACGGAGCCCUAGGGCUCCCGGUGAGGUUGGUUUUGUGUGCCAAUUGCAGGAGUUGGUAGGAUGCCUUACGUCUGUAUGUGAAACCGACAAAUAAAAAAUAGAUUAAGCUUUUUA